CGGCCUGCUGCGGCCAUCGCCCGCGGGACCCGCCGCUCGCCCAGCCAGAAGAGUUAACGAGUCUGCACAGUUUUAAGAACAAAGUCUUUAAGAAACCCCAGGUCUGCGGGGUUUGCAAGCAGAUUAUCGACAGCCAAGGGAUCGCAUGCAGAGCCUGCAAGUACUCCUGUCACAAGCCAUGUGAAGCCAAGGUGGUGACUCGCCGCUGUGCACAGGUGUACCUGGGACAGGCUCCGGGGGCUUCUGCACCAUCCGCUGCUCUCUGCCGUGCCAGACCGCCCAGGCCUGCGGGGCUGAGCUGCACCAUGGAGGACGGACGCGAGCUGGACCUCACCUACAUCACUGAGCGCAUCAUCGCUGUGUCCUUUCCCGCCGGCUGCUCCGAGGAGUCCUACCUGCGCGGCCUGCAGGAGGUGACGCGGAUGCUGAGGUCCAAGCAUGGGGACAACUACCUGGUGUUAAACCUUUCCGAAAAGAGAUAUGACCUUACGAAGCUCAACCCAAAGAUCCUGGACGUGGGCUGGCCGGAGCUGCACGCGCCGCCCCUGGACCAGGUGUGCACCAUCUGCAAGGCGCAGGAGACCUGGCUGAACAGCGACCCCCAGCACGUGGUCGUCAUCCACUGCAGGGGUGGAAAGGGACGCAUCGGCGUGGUCAUAUCCUCCUACAUGCACUUCACCAACGUGUCGGCCAGCGCUGACCAGGCCCUCGACAGGUUUGCAAUGAAGAAGUUCUACGAUGAUAAAGUUUCAGCCCUAAUGCAGCCUUCCCAGAAGCGGUACGUGCAGUUCCUCAGUGGGCUCCUGUCGGGGACGGUGAAAAUGAACGCCUCGCCGCUCUUCCUGCAUUUUGUCAUCCUGCACGGCACUCCCAACUUCGACGCGGGUGGAGCGUGCCGGCCCUUCCUGAAGCUCUACCAGGCCAUGCAGCCCGUGUACACGUCCGGGAUCUACAACGUGGGCCCGGAAACCCAAAGCAGCAUCUACAUCGCCAUCGAGCCCGCCCAGCUGCUGAAAGGCGACAUCAUGGUCAAGUGCUACCACAAGAAGUACCGCUCGGCUACCCGUGACGUGAUUUUCCGCCUGCAGUUUCACACGGGGGCCGUUCAGAGCUUCGGACUCGUGUUCGGGAAGGAGGAUCUGGACAACGCGAGUCAAGAUGACCGUUUUCCCGAUAAUGGCAAGAUUGAGUUGCUUUUCUCCGCCACUCCUGAGAAGCUUAAAGGGUGUGAACACUUGCGCAAUGACCACGGAGUGAUCGUGGACUUCAACACUGCAGACCCUCUGAUCCGCUGGGACUCCUACGAGAGCCUGAGCGCGGGGGGAGAAGUGCCGCACACGCAGGGCCCCGUCGAUGGCAGUCUUUAUGCCAAGGUGAGAAAGAAGAGUGCCUCGGAUCCUGGCGUCCCAGGCGGGUCUCCAGGCGUCCCCUCCGCCAGCAGCCCGGACCACGGCGACCACACCCUGUCUGUCAGCAGCGACUCUGGCCAUUCCACUGCCUCCGUCAGGACCGACAGGACCGAGGAGCCCCUUGCCGUGGGGUCCAGGCGGGGCCUGAGCCCCCAGGAGAAGGCCGAGCUGGACCAGCUGCUCAGUGGCUUUGGCCUGGAGGAUUCCGGAAGCCCCAUCAAGGAUAUGACGGAUGCACCCACCAAGUAUAGUGGGACACGCCAUGUUGUGCCUGCUCAGGUGCACGUGAACGGAGACGCCACACUCAAGGACCGGGAGACAGACAUCCUGGACGACGAGAUGCCCGGCCAUGACCUACACAGCGUGGACAGCAUCGGGACCCUGUCCUCCUCGGAGGGCCACCCGUCAGCCCACCUGGGCCCCUUUGCCUGCCACCAAAGCAGCCAGAACUCCCUCCUGUCGGAAGGGUUUGGCAGCAACCCUGGUGAGGACCCCCAUGGCAGCCUUGCCCCUGACCUGAGCCUCGGCGUGGACUCCCUGUACGAGCGGGACCGGGCGUUUGGGACCCGAGAGUGCAAGCAGCCGCCACCAGUGCUCCGGAGGCCCUCAGUGUCCGCCCAGACGCAGGCCUACGGACAGAGCGGCUACUCCACGCAGACCUGGGUGCGCCAGCAGCAGAUGGUGGCCGCCCACCAGUACAGCUUUGCACCCGACGCCGAGGCCAGGCUCGUGGGCCGCGGCCCGGAGGACGGCCUUGGCCUGGUGCAGUCCCAGCCCAGGGUUCCAGUCACCCCCACUCGGGGGGCAGGCAACAGAAUGGCCAUCCAGAGGAGCCUGGGCCCCGGGCCCCAGGUCCCCGAUGCACAGCGGCCCCCUCCCGGCAGAGCAUUCAAGCCCAGAUUUCCAGAUGUCAGAGUCGUGAAUGGGACUGGACCGGAGCCGAGCACGGACCCCUCCCCGGGCUCACCCACCCUGGACAUCGACCAGUCCAUCGAGCAACUCAACAGGCUCAUCUUGGAGCUGGACCCUACUUUCGAGCCCAUCCCCACCCACAUGAACACGCUGGGCAGCCAGGCCAACGGCCCCCUGCCCCCUGACAGCGGGGGAGGUGUGCUGCGGGCAAGCGGCCUGCAGGACACAGGAGAGGGCCCGGGCAGGGCCUCUGUGCGGCAAGGCUCCUCGGGGGAUGAGCCGCUGGGUGGAAAAUUCCGGAAGCUGAGUCUCGGGCAGUAUGACAACGAUGCUGGGGGGCAGCCAGCCUUCUCCAGAUGCGGAUGGGGCAAGACCCCCAGUGCGGACCAGGCCACAGGUCUGGCGUCUUUCCUCUCUCCAACAGAUGCCAAGGAGACGGUGGCCGCCACGUACCCCCCAGACCCCAGUGGGAUCAGCGGCAGGACCUUCACUCCAACCAAGGGCGGCGCUGACUCCGCCUCUCCCACGCCGGCGUUUCCUGUGUCUCCAGAAACACCGUACGUGACAACACCCCCACGUUACGUGCCCUUCACCCCGCCCGGGCCGCAGGUUGGCAGCGCCGGUGGUCUGUACAGAGACACUCACGAUACUCGAGGCUGUGCUGAGAUCCUGCAUCGUGCGGCGGGGAUGUCCGAGAGCCCUGGGGGGCCCAGACCUGCGGCGCUCAGGGCCGACGUGCCGGCGGGACCUGCCUUUCAGCGGGCGUUCACGUCCUCCUGCACCGUCUCCAGCGGCAGCCCUGGCCAGCAGCGGGACAGCCCUUUGUCAGCCGAGCUCCCGUGGGUGGAGAGCAGCCCCAAGGCCACCCCAGCUCUGCUGGGGAGCAGCCGACCGGCAGGAAGCCUCCUCGGCGCUGAAGAGUUCUCCAGCCCCGGUCCUGACGGCCCCGGGCGGCCCCACCGCCCGCCUGCGGAGCUCCAGGCCUCUUUCCACAACCAUGAGCUGUCCCUGGCGGAGCCCCCUGAAGCUGUGGGCCCCCCAGGUGGCCAGGCCUUCCUGAGCUUCGGCACGGUUCCUGUGGGAAGCGGCCUUCCCCCGGCAGAGGACCCAGGGGCCUUGCUGGCUCAUUCCCACGGAGCCCCCCAGGCCCCUGGCACCCCGCGGACAGCAGCGGCUGACAACGGCUUCCUGUCCCACGGCUUUCUCACAGUGAUGCCUGGCCACAGCAGCCACCACAGCCCGGUCCUGCCGGGCCAGGGCCUGACCCUGCCCGGGCAGCCGCCCCUUCCCGAGAAAAAGCGAGCCUCAGAGGGGGACCGGUCUUUGGGUUCGGCCUCCCCCUCCUCCAGUGGCUUCUCUAGCCCACACAGUGGAAGCACCAUGAGCAUCCCAUUCCCAAACGUCCUCCCGGACUUCCCCAAGCCUCUGGAGGCCGCAGCGCCCUCCCCAGAUAACCUGGGUGAUAAGCACGUGUCCGUGAACUUCGUCCAAGACACAUCCAAAUUCUGGUACAAGGCGGAUAUCUCCAGAGAGCAAGCCAUCGCCAUGCUGAAGGACAAGGAGCCGGGCUCAUUCAUCGUCCGGGACAGUCACUCCUUCCGAGGAGCCUACGGCCUGGCCAUGAAAGUGGCUACACCUCCCCCUUCCGUCCUGCAGCUCAACAAGAAAGCGGGGGAUCUGGCCAAUGAACUCGUUCGGCACUUUCUGAUCGAGUGUACCCCGAAGGGAGUGCGGUUGAAAGGGUGCCCCAACGAACCCUAUUUCGGGAGCCUGACGGCUUUGGUGUGUCAGCAUUCCAUCACGCCCUUGGCUUUGCCCUGCAAGCUGCUCAUUCCAGACCGAGAUCCGUUGGAGGAGAUCGCCGACAGCUCUCCCCAGACGGCAGCCAACUCGGCCGCAGAGUUGCUGAAGCAAGGAGCAGCCUGCAACGUGUGGUACCUGAACUCCGUGGAGAUGGAGUCGCUCACCGGCCACCAGGCCAUCCAGAAGGCCCUGAGCCUCACCCUCGUGCAGGAGCCGCCUCCCCUGUGCACGGUCGUGCAUUUCAAGGUGUCGGCCCAGGGCAUCACCCUGACGGACAACCAGAGGAAGCUCUUCUUCCGGAGGCACUACCCCGUGAGCAGCGUGAUUUUCUGUGCGUUGGACCCACAGGACAGGAAGUGGAUCACGGAUGGACCCUGCUCCAGAGUCUUCGGGUUUGUGGCCCGGAAGCAGGGCAGCGCCACAGACAACGUGUGCCACUUAUUCGCAGAGCAUGACCCCGAGCAGCCUGCCAGUGCCAUUGUCAACUUUGUGUCAAAGGUCAUGAUUGGCUCCCCUAAGAAGAUCUGACCCCUCCCAGCCCGAGACCGCGCGGGGCUGGAGCGUCCGCUGCCGGCAUCUGGCCAGCCUGACGUUCCAGCCCCACGAGGGCCGGGGGCUUCUCCUCCGGCUUCACAGACCCGAGGACACACAGCCCCCCGUCUGCUGUCCUUCCCCGAAACAUUGCUCGCCAGCACAUCUCUGUAGCCAAGCGCUUCCCGGGUGGAGGAAAGUGGGAUCCACGCAGCAGGGCCGAGCGAGGACGCGGGUCCCCGUGCCCCUUGCACACCGGCAUUGGUGGGAAGGAGCGCAUCCGGCCCCUGGACGGCAGCCCUGGGUGACCGGGGGUGCCACCAGCCACGCGGAGGGGCUCCGUCCAUCCAGCCCCUGGGGAGGCCUCUCUCCCACGACAGAGACACUAGCUCACCGAGAAGGGGAUGCAUGUUUGCUGAAGGUCCGUGCAGGUCGGGCCCUCCCAGAAGUCUGGGGGCACGAGCCGGGGGGGGGGCGCUCUGGCUCGAGGACCAGGAACGCCACCUGGUCCCUGGGGAGGGCACUGAGCUGCCCGAGCGCCCCGGCCCAGCGGGCAGUGGUGGCUCCGGCCUCCCGCUCUCGCUCCGGCUCCGAAUGGAGUCUUGUCCGUGAGAGGAGAAGGAACAUGGACAUGAAGUGUCUUUUUGUGUAAUUUAUAUUCUACUUAUGCCAAAUUAUUUAUGGUAAAUUGCUGGGCAGGAUGGGGUCCCGGUGCUGCGAGCUGCCAGGCCGAGCCUGUGUCCACGAUCCGGGGCCACGUCCCCGACAGGCCAGCCUCAGCAACCUUGACCUCCCCCAAGCUCACUGGGGGAUGGUUCCCGUUUGGCAGGCGGGUGACAUCCUUUCUGUGGGGGAAGGUUCCGGAGGGCGGGUCACAUUUGGGCAGAGACUCGGCCCUGCUCUCCCAGGCAGUUCUGAGCCCUCUGAGCCAGAUGCCUGUCACGCCACAGCUCCUACAGGUACCCCAGGGUGGACCGGGGGCUCGGUCUCCCCCCACAUGGCCCGGGCACUCCGUGGCUCUGGGCUCCCAGGAGCUGCCCGCUCUGCCCAAGACCAGCUCUUCAGCCGUCACUCCAGCGGUGCGAACGUGAUGUUCUAUGUUAAGUGAGUCCGAGACGGAUGUGGGGAAGCACAGAGCAGAAAGCCUCACGUUGCGGGGUGUCGGACGCAGGUGAAAGUGGGGGAUGCAUCCGCCGUCCGGCUCCUCUCUAUGCCCCAGACACAAGUGCCUCAUUUCUGUGCCAAAUGUUUGCCUGGUCUUCACAGACCUCUUCCCUGACAGGUGUCGGUGUGGCUGUGUGGGACACGUUGGCGUCUCCUGGGGACCCUGGGGACCUGGUCCUCAGCAGAGGUGGCUGGCAUCUCGGGAUUCCGUUCACGGCAGAGAUUCGGCCAGAAGGGACCCGAGAUGCCGUCCCCAAGACACAUCUCAUCCCGAGAUGGCUUCUACCCAGUUUGACCCAAAGACCGCAGGUCAGGUCCCUCACCCUUCCCAUGAAGAGAGGGCUAGUUUAGAAACGGAGUGCGGGUGGGUGACCCGGCCUCCGGGUCCUCCCGCGCAGUCCCCGUCCCGAGCGCUCAAGAAGCCACAGCCCCUCGCUCGUGAGGCGGACCGGCCGCCUGUGGCUUUUCCUGGCCGCGGCCAGGAUGUCCGGAAGUCUGCUCCCCGGUUCCUGAUGAGCCGGCGUGGCAGGUUUCUUUUCCUGUUACACGUGCGUCAUGCGACGCAAGGGGAACCCGGGAACUCAGGGCUCCGACCUCAGGGAGCCCCGCCCCCACCCCCACGCAGGCUCGGGGCCGCUCCGUGGAAGGUGCGUGGCCUCCGGGUGCUGGCGGGCACGGGGUCCUGUCCCGGGGAGCUCCACGGUCCCCACCGCCUCACAGCCAGGGUCCUGUUAGCUCGCUCAUUAACCGGUCGCCGUGUCCUCCAGUGUUAACCUGGCGCCGGGGUAAGCCACACCGAAUUUAAGGUCUCCGCGUGUACCCUCGGUGUCAAAGACCUCGCGUCUCCUUAGCGGCCUUAUUGUUAGUGGGUAUUUUUACUUUUCUUAUAUUGUAAAGAAUAUAUCCAGUAUGUAAAUGAAUGUUCUAUAAACCCUUUGUAUAGUCGUUUUCUCUGCUUUUCAGAUACAGUCUCUAUUCAGAGUUUAAUAAAAUUAUCAACGUGGUAAA